UUGCAUGCAGGUGCAUAUGCCCGAGAGAGAUAGAGACAGAAUGAAACACAUUUCAUGUUUUAACGGAUGAAAUAGUAUGAUGAUAAUUGAGGGUGCUUGUUAAUGGAAUUAUUUGUCUUCAGGUUGCAUUUAGACAAGAUAAAUCUAUUCAGAUUGUGUUGCGGUGACUCCUCAGCAGAAGGUCAUUAGGGGUCUUACUGGAGUCUUAUUUUCACUACAAUUACUUUAGACAUGGAGGACCCUGGAUUGCGUCAACUGAAGCUGGACAAUCAGCGUUCUCUUCUGAUGAAGAAGCAACAGAGAAGGAGGGCAGAUACCCAAAUGGUAAUAGCCAAUAGGGACACUCGACCAAAGAAAAGCAAGCAGAAGGCUGGGCCUGAUGACACAGACCUGUUGAUUACUCAGUCACAGAGCAACAGCUCAUUAUAUGCUGAAGAGGCCCAUGAUAACCCCCUGGAGGAAAUCACCCUGGGGGAGCUCUCCAUACAAAGUAAUGAUGCUAGAGAUGGGACAGCCCCUGAGAAACCAAUCAUUACCAAGACUAUUGACUUGGAAAUUGACAGCCAGCCAGAGCCAAAACCUAAUCCAGAAAAUGAAGGCCCCACAGAAGUUAGAAAGAAAGAAAAGAAGGAGAAAAAAGGCCUGACAAAGAAGGCACACGUCGGAGAGUUGGAACAGAAUGAGGAUGAGGGAAAUGAGAAAGAGGAGGAAGCAGAGAAAGAAAAGGAGAAGAAAGAAAAAAAAACUAAGAAGAAGGACAAAGUGAAAGGACACACCCCAAGUAAAGAGAAAAAAACAACAACUGAUGAACAAGAGACAAACAUCACUGACCCUCCAGCCAUUCAAAUUGAUUCAGUAUUAGAGUUUGAGAAUCUAUCAGAAAGUAAACCUGAGUGGGACAGUGAUGGUGAAGGAAAGGACUGGUCAAACAGCCCCAUCCCAGGAACCCCAAAGAAAAAACAAAAUCUCAACACAUCAAGGUGCCAAAUUAGUGACAAUGAGAAGGAGGAAGACAAUGAAAUCCUAUCAAGAGAAAAAAAGGUGAAAAUCCUGAAAAACACAAAAAAAGAAGAGAAAACCAAAUCCAGUCUUGCAUCGCUUAACUCAAACUACAGGCAGCAGGAAACCUCAGACAGUGACAACAACAUUGAAAGAGUUACAACUCCAAUCUCAGUUGAAGAUCUUGAACAGUUUGCCCUGCGCCCAGCCCCAAGAGAUACAACAAUCCAAUGCAGAAUCACCAGGGACAGGAGAGGCGUGGAGAAAGGAAUGUACCCCACCUACUACCUUCACCUGGAGAAGGAAGAUGGGAAGCGGGUGUUUUUAAUGGCAGGGAGGAAGAGGAAGAAGUGUAAAACCUCCAAUUAUCUCAUUUCAAUUGAUCCAACAGAACUGUCCAGAGACACAGACAGUUAUAUUGGCAAACUAAGGUCCAAUGUGCUUGGCACCAAAUUCACCGUGUUUGACGGUGGAGAAAACCCAGAUAAGAAGCCCUUCAUUAAACAGUGCGAGUCAGUCCGGCAAGAGCUUGCAGCGAUAUGUUAUGAGAAGAAUGUUCUAGGUUUCAAAGGCCCCAGGAAAAUGACAGUGAUUAUACCUGGCAUGCUGGAGAAUGACGAGAGAGUGUGCAUUCGCCCAAAAAGUGAUAUAGAGUCUCUGCUCUCCCGCUGUGAAAAUGGCAACACCGACAACCUCGUGUGCCUCAUGAACAAGUCUCCCAGCUGGAAUGAACAAACCCAGUCCUACGUGCUCAAUUUCCACGGCCGUGUCACGCAGGCUUCUGUCAAAAACUUCCAAAUCGUUCACCCUGACAAUGAGGACUACAUCGUUAUGCAGUUUGGUCGGGUGGCUGAGGACGUUUUCUCCAUGGACUACAGCUUUCCUAUGUGUCCCCUGCAGGCCUUUGCCAUCACGCUCUCCUCCUUUGAUGGCAAACUGGCUUGUGAGUGACACACCAAGACAAGUCAAUACGAUGCACAGCCUCAAUUGCUUAACAACACAGUUCAGUCAGUGUUUGUUGUCAGUGUUCAUUCCGUAUAUAUUGUUGAUUGUUGAUAUUUGUCAACACCUGAGAUUACAAAUGGUGUUUUUGUGACUUUGUGAGAUAUAUCGGACAGUUAUUCAGACUCAUUGAGUAGGCCUGUUUGUCAUGAUUUACUGUAGUCUUGAUAAGGAAUAUACUCCACAUUGUACUGUAAAAGAAUGGAACAACAGUUACUGUAUUCUUUGGAUUAUAAAUUGUAGUCACUAGUCCGCUAGAUGUUUAUUCUGUUGAAAAACAAUGUUGCACAGCAUACAAGUACACAAACCUGUUUAGUGCAUGGUAUUUGGUCUUAUUUUAACUUUUAUUUCAUUUAGUUUUAAGAAAUGUCCAAUUAAUGUAUUGCUUGAAAUCAUCAAAGGUAUAAUGUAUUACAUUUAUGUAUACAUUCCACAUAUACUCAUAUUUGCAAUCUGUGAUGAAAGCUACAGUACAUAGAACCUGUAUAUAAAAUGAAAAAUUGCAGCUGUGGGACAAAGUGGUUGUAUGGAUAAUGAUGUGAAAUUUGGCAUGAAUUGGUAUUAAAAGAAUGUUUGUUGAUGUACAAAAUGUUGUUAGUGAUACAGAACUCAUAAAUGGUCUUCUAAACCCAU